CGUUUUCUCUGUUUGUUUACAUUCCGCCGCAAGUCAUGUGUGGGAGCAGUCAGUGGUGGAUGAAAUUGUGACAAAAUUUACCGGAUGGAAGCUCCAGCACCGACGUCGGUCUGUCCUGCCGACGAAGACCGGCGGUUACGAUGCCGACUAUGUUUUCACACCGGGACCAGCUCUCAGUUGGUAGAGGUUUUCUCCAAAAGCCGCGACCUGUCCAAGCGAGUCAUCAGCUCCCUGGGAGUGAAGAUAAAUCGGAGCGAAAAGGGCGUCCGGAUUUGUACGGUUUGUGAAACUAUCGUCGAUAUCAUUCAAAGCUUCCAAGCAGUUUGCAAGCAAACCAAUCAGCUGCACCACGAUCGGCGGAACUUCCUGCUGUACGAGUCGUUUUGGCCCGGCCACGAGCAGGACGCGGUCAAGGUUACGGAAAAGAUGAUUUUGAAUCACCGCUCCCGGGUUGAUAAGACGUUCAGCGAUGUUAGCGCCCUCUUACCUAAGGUUGAAGUAGAAACUCAAAACCGACCGAUGGUAGCAAUUGCGGCCGUCGACUUGGAGAAGGGAGACAAUCCGAAAGAACGCGACGAUAGCAUUCCUGCAACGGAGAUGGUUUUGUGUGAGCCAGAAAUUAAAGAGGAACCUGGAGAGGAGGACCACUUUAUGGAAGAGUUUCCCGGGGAGUUGGAUCAAGAGCAGUCGUUUCCUAGCGACUGGGCUGAGAAAGAUUGGAGUGAUUCGGACAGUGAUUUCCGGAUAGAAGUUGAUUCUGUACCGGGGAAUAGCGAAUCAGAGGGCGAAGAAGAAACUUCAAUUUCGAAGCAGAUCAAACCGGCCAGAGAUCGCAAAAAGCAAUCAGAUUCUAUCGAUGAAGAGAAAGAUUUAACACCUAAUGUCAAGGAUCCCCCGCGUCGCCGUGGUAGAAAGAAGAAAGCUGACGCUGAAAAAGAGCAAACCGAGGACGACGAUGAUGAGUACGAGCCGAGGGAAAAGGGCAAGCGAGGACCUCGGCGCAAAAAGGUUCGCAAAUCUGACCCAAGCGUUUGCGAAAUUUGCGGCCAAACCGUAGCUUACUUCGUCAAGGAAUCCCACCACAACCAGCAUCUCGGCAUUCGGCCGUACAAGUGUGACUUUGAUGGCUGUGGGCGGACGUACUUUUCGCGCAACGAUUUGAGAACGCACAGCAAACGCCACCAGAUAUCGUACCACGUUUGUGAGAUCUGCGGGCGGAACAUCAAGGGCGUGGAGUGGUUCCGGCGGCACGUAAAAACUCACACGGAGGGACCACAAUUUACGUGUGAGGUGUGCGGGAGCAAGUUCCGCCGGAAAGCGCAACUUCAGACGCACAUGGUCACUCAUACGGGCCUUACUCCGCACGAGUGUGGAACCUGUGGGAAACGGUUUGCACUGAAGUACAAUUUGGAAGCGCACGUGAAACGGCACCUGAAAAAGGAAGAAUCAGAACCCGACAGCAAAGAGGACAAGGAAAAGGAGAAAAUUGAAGAAGGUCAGAAGGAAAGCGUUCCUGAAAAGCGAACGUGGAAGUACUACGUAAAGUCAGAAUCAUCCGGUAAGAAGCACCACCUUACAUGUGACACAUGCGGUGAAUCGGUCCACAAGCGGGAAAUGGAAGGUCACGUGAACAAACACUUGGGGCGGCGACCUUACUCCUGCGAUGUGCCUGGAUGUACGCAAGCCUUUUAUGGGUUGCGAGGAAUUAAGGAACACAAGAUGGUGGUUCACUCGGAUAAGGUCAUUCGGUACGAGUGCAGUAUUUGCAACAGGUCCAUAAAGGGUUCCGGAACGUUCAAACGCCACGUCAUGAUGCACAAUUCGGACAUGAAAGUGUCCUGCCAGCACUGCGGGAAAAAGUUCACCUCCAAGAGCUACCUCAAGGCGCACGAGCUCAAGCACACCGGUGAGCGUCCGUUUGUCUGUGAAGUUUGCGGAAGCUCAUUUGCCAUGAAGGCCUGCUGGAAGAUGCACAUGAAAACGGUUCACCAGCCGGGGAAACCACCAAAGAAGGAGCCGAAGCGGCCGCCGCGCAAGCGCAAGGCUGCCGUAAAAAAAGAUCCCCCUUCGGAACCGGCUGCCGCUCAGAAGCAGGUGAUCGUGGAACCACCGGUGGUGCCCCCACAGGCGUCGUGGACCAUCAACAUCCAGACGGCUGAGCAGUACACGCAGUCGCAGCAGCGAAAUCAGCAUCAAGUGACGGCGCCGCAGCAACAACAGGUCAUUGUGCAAAUUGUGGAAGCUCCCAGUUAUGCCACGGUGGAAACGGUGCGGACUGAUCAUUCGUACUGACAAGAAAUGUAAGUAUUUAGUAUUUCGCUCUGAAGCAUGGAACAUAAUGUGUACGAUAUUUUUUUAAA